AUGUUGCCGGCCAGUGCUGGCGGGUCUUCGGGUGACGGAGGAGGAGAAGAAGAUGAAGUGGUCGUCUCAGCUAAAUCGGCAGGAGGUUUAUUGGGGAGCCUCCACCAGCUUCAUGGCCUCCUGUCUCUCAGUCCCGGGAUGGGGAAUGAGGAGGCUCGUACCCUUCUGCGUAACCUGGCAGAGGAGUGCUUGGUGUCUGCUGGCGGCAGUAGUGCGCUGGAUUUUAACAUUUCUUUAAUUUUUUCAAAAGAGAUUGGCCUGCUUGCCUUUGUCCGCAAAUCCCUCUCCAGUGAGGAAUUUAAAGAUUGCAGGGAAGAUGCCCUAAAAUUUCUUUCCACUUUUUUGGAGAAAAUUGGAAGCAAUGUGCAGCCAUAUGCCAUGGAUAUCAAGACCUUGUGUGUCACUGUCUACACAAAAGACAGAGCUGCAAAAUGUAAAAUUCCUGCUUUGGAACUUCUCAUUAAGUUAUUUCAGCUUUUAAAGAACUCUUACAAAAUUGAGGAAUUUAAAAUUGGUGAAAUAUUCAACAAAUUCUAUGGGGAACUUGCAACCAAAAGUAAACUUUCUGAUACAGUCCUGGAGAAGGUGUAUGAACUUCUUGGAAUUCUGGGAGAAGUGCAGCCUUGUGAAAUGACGGACAACUCUGAGAAACUCUUCAAAGCAUUUUUGGGAGAGUUAAAGGCACAGAUGAUUUCAUCAACAAGAAACCCAAAGUUUCCAGUUAUAGCUGGGUGUCUGAAGGGUCUCUCUGCACUUAUGAUUAACUUUACUAAAACGAUGGAAGAAGAUCCUAAAACCUCUAAAGAAAUAUUUGAUUACACAGUAAAAGCAAUAAGCCCACAGGUUGAGAUGAAAAGGUAUGCAGUUCCUUUAGCUGGCUUAAACCUGCUUGCCUUACACGCCUCUCAGUUUAGCAACUACCUUAUGGAUAACUAUCAAUCCCUUUUUGAAGUAAUCUCCAAGUGGUGUGGCCACACAAAUGGCGAGAUAAAGAAACUUGCAUUUGCAGCCCUCGACUCUUUUCUUAAACAGAUAGCUCAUCUUGUUGCAAACAACGCUGAGGCACAUAAAAAUAAGCUGCAGUUCUUCAUGGAGCAGUUUUACAAGGUCAUUAGAAAAAUGGAUUGCAGCAAUAAAGAACUGUCCAUUGCAAUUCGAGGAUAUGGACUUUUUGCAGCGCCCUGCAAAGCUGUAAAUGCAAAAGAUGUGGAUUUAAUGUAUAUAGAGCUUAUACAGCGCUGCAAACAGAUGUAUUUAACAGAAGCAGAUACAGAAGAGGACAAUGUGUACCAGUUACCCAACUUCCUGCAGUCUGUAGCAAGUGUAAUACUUCAUAUGGAUUCGAUCCCAGAAGUGUACACACCUAUCCUUGAGCGUCUGCUAGUUCUGCAAAUAGACAGCUUUCCACAGUACAGCCUGAAAAUGCAAUACUCUUGCUCCAAGUCAGUUCUGAAGGUUUUUUUGUCGUUGGCAGGAAAAGGACCUGUCCUUUGGAGUUUAAUUAGUACUGUGGUACAUCAAGGAUUAAUAAGAGUUUGCUCCAAGCCAAUAGAUAUUGCACAGGAUGGACUUGGAAAGGAAGGCUCUGAGGCUGAAGCAGCAGCAGCUACUGGUGAAGUCAGAGCAGGAAAAUGGAAAGUUCCCACUUAUAAGGACUACCUUGAUCUCUUCAGAAAUUUACUUAGAUGUGAUCAGUUAAAGGAUUCCAUAUUUUCUGAUGAAAUCUUUUCGACAUUGAAUUCCCCUCUACAAUCACUAAACAGAUUGCUUUAUGAUGAGCUUGUCAAAUCCAUUCUGAAGGUCAUUGAGAAGUUAGAUUUAUCCCUCCAAAAGCAAGAUUCAGGACAGGAGAAUGAUGGAGGCAUAAACAGUUCUUUGAUCAUCGCUACCUCUGAUCCAGCAGCCAACCUCUAUCCUAAUAAGCCAAAGGAUUUUACUGCUUUUGUGAAUCUUGUAGAAUUUUGCAGUGAAAUUUUACCAAAGGAACAUAUAGAAUAUUUCGAAUCAUGGGUCUAUGCAUUUGGUUAUGAACUUGUGUUACAGUCUACACGGCUCCCUCUAGUCAGUGGCUUCUACAAGCUGUUAUCUGUUGUCAUGAAAAAUGUUAAAAAAAUAAGGUAUUUUGAGGGUUUUAAUUCCAAAACAUACAAAAAGGCACCUGAAGAUCCAGAAAGGUUAUCUUGUUUUGCUCUGUUUGCAAAAUUUGGCAAAGAGGUGUCUUCAAAAAUCAGGCAGUUUAAAGAUGAGCUUUUGGCAUCAUGUUUAACUUUUGUUCUGCAUUUGCCUCAUGAUAUAAUCAUGAUGGAUAUCAAAGCUUACAUACCAGCAUUACAGACUGCAUUUAAACUGGGACUGAGCUGUCCACCUCUUGCUGAUGUUGGCUUGGAUGCACUUCAAGACUGGUCAACUUACAUUCCUUCAGAUAUUCUACAACCCUACUAUAAGGAUAUCAUUCCAUUGCUUGAUGGCUACUUAACAAAUUUAUCAUCUACAGAUGAAUCUCUUAGCGACCUGGAUGCUGUUCGCAUUUCCCGUGCAUUGCAAAAAGGCUUUAACAAACACCUAAUCCAACAGUUAAAGAGAACGAAGACUCUCUCUGUGAAAGAAGAGUCCUCUUUGGCAGCUGUGAGUAACAGAGUUGUAAGGAUACUUGGAUCACUUGGUGGGCAAAUAAAUCGCAGCCUGGUGACAGCUACAUCUACAGAAGAAAUGAUAAAGUGUCAUGUUUCCUGGGACACAGAAAAAAGACUUACAUUUGAUGUGCCUUUUAUGGACAUUAAGCCUGUCAUCUACCUUGAUACGUUCCUGCCACGUGUCACAGAAUUGGCCCUUUCUGCUAGCGACAGGCAGACAAAAGUGGCGGCAUGUGAGCUUUUGCAUAGUAUAGUUGCCUUUAUGUUAGGAAAAGCAGCUCAAAUGCCUGAUGACAAAAAAAUGGGAAGUUCUCCAAUGUAUAAACUAUAUAAACGAACUUUUCCUGUGUUACUUCGUUUGGCAUGUGAUGUCGAUAAGGUGACAAUGCAGUUGUAUAAGCCACUUGUUAUGAGUCUGAUUCAUUGGUUCACCAAUAACAAAAAAUUUGAAAGUCAAGAUACCGUUGCUCUGCUAGAGGCCAUUUUGGCUGGAAUUGUGGAUCCUGUUGACAGCACUCUGCGAGACUUUUGUGGACAGUGUAUUCAAGAGUUUUUGAGGUGGUCGAUAAAACAGACGACUCCAGAACAGCAAGCAAAGAGCCCUGUGAAUACAACUUCAUUGUUUAAACGGCUGUACAGCCUCGCUCUUCACCCAAAUGCUUUUAAACGUUUAGGUGCUGCUCUUGCUUUCAACAAUAUAUACAGAGAAUUUAGAGAAGAAACUGCAUUAGUUGAAAACUUUGUGUUUGAGGUACUCGUCAUAUAUAUGGAGAGUUUGGCGCUUUCGCAUGCAGAUGAAAAGUCUUUAGGUACUACUCAGCAGUGCAGUGAUGCUGUCGAUCACCUGAAACGCAUUAUUAUUCGUAAAGCAGCUUCCCUUAACAAGGCAAUGAAAAGACGUGUUCCAAGAGGAUUUCCACAGGGCAGCACAGUUUGCCUAUUCGAUAUUGUCCUCUGGCUUUUAGAACAGUGUGGACAACCACAGACAGAAUGCAGACAUAAGGCUAUGCAACUGUUUUUUGAAUUUGUUCCAUUGUUACCAGGUAACAAGACACCUUCUGCAUGGCUAGAUGACCAAGUUAAGAAAGAAGGCAUCAUUUUCUUUAUCAACAGAUUUGAAGGUGCCGGCCACAGUGAUGGAAAGCACAUGGGAAUAUUAAAUAUCCCCACGCUUCAUGAUCUGCAUGAGCCAUUCAGUAUGCAUGCUGUGCUUCAGUGGUUGGAUAUGUUGCUAGCAGCACUGGACUGCUACAAUACGUUUAUUGAGAUGAGGUUCCUCAAAGCCAACACUAUACUUGGUCAGAAUGCAGACAAGUCAUCUUUUCUUAAAGCUGUACACUUCUUCAUCGUAUAUCUUUCAAUGGAGGAUAUAAAAGCAGCAGAGAAAUUUUUCACUGUGGGUUCAAAAUCCUCCAUAUUUAGUCCACAUGAAAUAGAAGAGUAUAACUACAGCAAAUGCACUAUCAUCGUAAGAAUAAUAGAGUUUAUCACCAUGUUUAUAGAGAUUUGCCAGCAAGAUUCCUGGAAGAUUCUUGAAAAUUCUGUAUUUAAUGAAACAAUGUGGGAGCUGAUAGCAGUCACUGUGUGUGAUCCAUCUAGCAUUGGAUUCAAUACGGCAGAUGUUGAAGUGAUAAACAAUCUUCCAAAUAUUUGUAUAAAAUUAUUGAAGUCCUUAGGCAAAACAACUUACAGAAGUGCCUUAGAAGCAUCCUUGAAGAAAAGAGUAACAUAUCAGAGCAUUGAAGAACUAUGCUCCGUUGAUCUGUAUGAUCCUGAAGCCCGAUUUGAUCGUGUUAAGUUGUGUUCAAUGCUGUCUGCCUGCAAACAGCUUUACAAAGCUCAGUUUUUAAAUUCCAUUGUAACAGAACAGGUUGGAGGUAUACGCUUUGGCUCUAAGCUCCUCUCUGUUGUCUAUAAAGGCAUUGCUCCUACCAGUGAAAGAAAGUCACUUCCAUCGUUAGACAUCAGUAGUAAACGCCUUGCUGAAGGACUCUUGGAAUUGGCUUUUAUGUUUGGUAGACAGUGUGAAGAGCUUGUAAGUCUCCUGUUGAACACUGUAAUAUUAUCAGUUCCCUUGUCUGGGCUAUCCCAGAGUAAUGCUAUUAAUUUCUCUCAUGGAGGAUACUUCUAUACCUUGUUUGCUGAGACUAUAAAUACGGAGUUACUGAAUAAUUUGGACACUGCUGUUGUUGAGUUAUUGAAGUCAUCUGUGGAAGAUCCAAAAAUGGUGAGUUGUGUCCUAAAUGGCAUGUUAGAUCAAAGCUUUAGACAACGUACAAUUCUAAAGCAACAAGGAGCUAAGCUAGUUAAUGCUGUACUUCAGAACUGGAGGAGACUUGAUAGUUGGUGGUGUAAAGAUUCUUCACCAGAGAGCAAAAUGGCUGUUUUAACCCUACUGGCAAAAGUCCUGCAGAUUGAUUCGUCUGUAUGUUUUGAUAUAAAUCAUUUGGCAUUUGCUGAGGUUUUUAGAACAUACACAAGCAUCUUGACAGAUCAAACACUGGGACUCAAUUUGAAAAGUCAAGCUAUUAUUAUUCUUCCUUUCUUCACUAAACUCACGGGAGGAAAGCUCACAGAAUUAAAAAAUUCUCUUGACCUGUUUGUUGCAUCCAAUUUCCCAAUGAAAUGUGAUGAAUUUCCCAGGGGAACUUUAAAAUUUAACAAUUACGUGGACUGUAUAAAAAAGUUUCUAGAUGCCCUGGAGUUGUCUCAGAGUCCAAUGCUCUUGCAGUUAAUGACAGAAAUUCUGUGCCGAGAUGAAAGGCAUUUUAUGGAGGAAUUAUUUCAAAGCAGCUUCAAAAAGGUUAUUGAAAGGAGUAGCUGUGAUGCUCAGGUAAUCCUUCUCAAUACACUCCACAACAUGUUUACAAGUGAAAGUGUAAUGCUGAAUGGCACUCUUCAGUCUCUAACUAACAGAUGUCUUCUGACUCUUCUGUGGAACUGUAGUGGGGAUGCCUUGCUGGUGUUCUUCACCAACAUAAUAUGUCUUGCAAUGGACACACUUAAAAGCAGGUUUACCAAGGUUUCAGAGGCAGCAUUUGAAAACCAAAUCACAAAGAAAUGGGGCUACUACAAGAUGCUGGAAGUGCUAUAUUCUCGUUUGUCGAAGGAUGACAUUUGUUCCAAAGUCAACAAUGCAUAUCAUGUAUCCUCAAACCCAGAAGGAAAUGAACUUACCAAAGCCUUAAUUAAAUUGUGCUACGAUACAUUUACUGAGAACAUGUGUGGUGAAACUCAGCUUCUGGAGAAGAGGAGACAGUACCAUUGUGCUGCAUAUAACUGUGCCAUUUCACUUAUCAGCUGUGUGUUUUCUGAACUGAAAUUCUAUCAGGGAUUUCUAUUUACAGAAAAGAAGGAAAAGAACCUGUUAAUAUUUGAAAAUUUAAUAGAUCUACAAAGGAGUUACACAUUUCCUAUCGAAGUUGAGGUUCCAAUGGAGCGGAAGAAAAAAUACUUUGCCAUACGUAAAGAAGCAAGGGAUGCCUCUAGCGCAGAUUCUGAUGAACCUCGGUACUUAUCGUCCCAGUCCUACAUGGCAGAUAGCAGCUUAAGUGAAGAAAUGAGUCAGUUUGAUUUUUCUACUGGGGUCCAGAGUUUUUCUUACAGUUCCCAGGACAAAAUGCUUUCUCAGAGUGCCAGCAGAAAAAAGGAACUUAUUACCGAAGGGAAGACAUUUGAUGAUGUUAUGGAGUUUGAAAUGGAUGAGCUUAAUCAGCAUGAAUGUAUGGCAGCGAUGACUGGUUUGAUUAAGCACAUGAACAGCAGUGAAAUCACACCAAAAGUGGAAGAGGGUGCAUCUCCUCAAGACCUUCCACCAUGGAUGAAGUUUCUGCAUGGAAAGUUGGGGAACACUUCUACACCAUUAAACAUUCGCCUUUUCAUUGCCAAGCUUAUUGUUAACACUGAGGAAGUUUUCUGCCCUUAUGCCAAGUUUUGGAUUGGGCCUAUGUUACAGCUGAUUGUCUCUGGAAAUAAUGGAGGUUCAGGCAUUCACUACAUGGUGAUAGAGACAUUAGUUACCAUCCUUUCUUGGUCAAGUAUUGCCACACCUAAGGGACUAGCAAAAGAAGAGAUCCUAGCUAACAGAUUGCUUGAGUUCUUGAUGAAAAAUGUAUUUCAUGAAAAGAGAGCAGUGUAUCGACACAACCUUGAAAUAAUAAAAACUGUCCUGGAAUGCUGGAAGGAAUGCCUUUCCAUACCAUAUAUGCUAAUAUAUGAAGGAUUUUCUGGAACAGAUCCUAAUACAAAAGACAACUCAGUGGGAAUUCAGUUAUUGGGAUUGGUUCUUGCCAACAACUUUUCGCCAUUUGACCAAAAAUGUGGAAUAGAUGCUGAAAGGUACUUUCAGUGUCUGGCUAACAAUCUUGCUCUUACAAGAUUCAAGGAGGUUUACAUCGCAGCAGCAGAAGUCAUUGGAUUGGUCCUCCAUUACAUUUAUCACAAUGAAAAAAGAACAGACGCACCAAUUUUUGACUAUGUUGUUAAGGAAUUGAAACGACAUCAAACAAGUAACAAGGAGGACAAAUUUAUUAUGUGUUUGAACAAAGUAGUGAAGAAUUUCCCUCCCUUUGCUGAUAGAUUCAUGACAGUUGUUCUCUAUUUGCUGCCAAAGCUGCAUGGUGUCCUCAAGACCCAGUGCUUGGAAUUAAUAAUGCACCGAGCAGAAGAUAUACCAGAUCUCUUUAUUGAGUUAAAAAAUAAAGAAUUUUGCCAAAUUAUGAAUAGCAGGGAUGAUGAAAGGCAAAAAGUGUGCUUAGAUAUUAUAUACAAGAUCUUGUCCAAACUGAAACCUGCAGAAUUACAUGAGUUUAUGAGCUCCAUAGCAGCGUUUAACUCACAUUCCUUUCCUGUUUGCCGUGAACGCAUGUAUGAGAUUUUCAUGUGGAUCUAUGAUAAUUACAGAGAUCAGGAAAGCCAAAGUGAUAGCAAAUCGGUUGAGGUGUUCAGUAUGGCAAAAGAAGGAUUACUUCAAGGAUUAGUGGAUGACAAUAGUGAGCUCCAGCUUAUUGUGAGGAAUUUUUGGAGUGACGAAACUAGAUUGCCAUCCAACACAACAGAGCGAAUGCUUGCCAUUUUGAGUUCAUUAUAUUCAACAAAGAUAGAAAAACAUUACCUCAGCCUUGCAACCAAUCUGCUACUUGAAAUGACCAGCAAAAGUCCAGAUUACCUCAGAAAAAUGUUUGAACAUCCACUUUCAGAGUGCAAAUUUCAGGAUUAUACUAUUGAUUCCAGUUGGCGCUUGCGUAGUACUGUUCUCACGCCAAUGUUUGUGGAGACUCAGCUAUCACAAAGUAUGCAGAGGUCAAGAAUGCAAGGAACAAUGGAAGCCGAUGAACCAGAGGGUGGCCAAUUGCGAGCUACACAGCAGCAUUUUCAGUUUACUCCUACACAGAAUAUUGGUGGGAGGAGUUCCUUUAACUGGCUGACCGGAAGCAGUAUGGACACCUUAGCUGAUUACUCAGUUGAAAGCCCUGAAUCUCUACCCUCUGCAUUGCUAUUUGUUAACAAAAGGAAUGAAAAAGUCAGGAGGGGCCCUUUAAAACCACUGGGCCCCAAUUUUGGCACACAGAAACUUGGACUACCAGGACAUGUAACUGAGAGCAAAACUAAAAAAGGUAUAGAAGAAAGAUCUGAGAUUUUAAGGCUGAGAAGGCGUUUCUUAAAAGACCGAGAGAAACUGAGCCUGAUCUAUGCAAGGAAGGGAACGGCAGAGCAGAAGAGAGAAAAGGCAAUAAAAAUAGAGCAAAAAUUGAAGCAAGAUGCUCAGAUCACUCUGUAUAGAAAUUACAGGCAUGGCGAAUUGCCUGACAUCCAAAUUGCAUACAGCAAUUUAAUUGCACCUCUGCAAGCCCUAGCACAGAGAGAUCCAACUAUGGCUAAACUCCUCUUCAGCAGCCUGUUUUCAGGGAUCCUUUCAGAAACUGCGUCUAACGCCAGCCUCAUUGGGAAGCUACUUGAACAAUUUAACAGUUUUCUUAGCAACUCAUUGUCAUAUUUCCCACCUUUCAUUGCAUGUGUUCAGGAUAUGUGCUAUCAGCAUGAUGAACUACUGCAUCUUAACCCAGCAAAUGUAAGCACAAGUUGUUUGGCCAGCCUGCAGCAGCCUUUGGGAAUUCUUUUGCUUGAGAAGGGGUUGUUACAUAUUGAGAUACCCGAUGAGCCUCCUGCAAAAAAGAUGAGAAAAGAGAAGGCAAAGUCAGAAAUUCCCCCAGAUCUUGUCAGAUGGAUCGAGCUUGCAAAGCUUUAUCGCUCAAUUGGUGAUUAUGAUGUCCUUCGAGGUAUUUUUAGUGGGAAGAUUGAAGCAAAAAGCAUUACUCAGCGUGCGCUGAAUGAAGAAGCAAAAUCAGAUUAUGCCAAAGCUGCCAAACUAUAUGAUGAAGCUCUAACAAAGGAGUUCGAAGAUGGCGAUCCCACAGACGCAGAAAAGGACUUUUGGGAGUUGGCCUCCCUUGAAUGCUACAAUCACCUAACCGAAUGGAAACCGCUGGAGUACUGUUCAACAGUCAAUAUUGAUACUGGGAGCCCUCCUGAUCUAAAUAAAAUGUGGAGUGAUCCAUUUUAUCAGGAAACAUAUCUCCCUUAUAUGAUACGCAGCAAACUGAAAAUGCUCCUCAGUGGGAACAAUGACCAAACUUUAUUAACAUUUGUUGAUGAGGCAAUGAAGAUUGAGCAGAGGAAGGUCCUGAUGGAAACGUUCUACAGCCAGGAACUAAGUCUACUCUAUAUCCUGCAAGAUGAUUUUAACAGAGCUAAAUAUUACAUAAACAAUGGAAUCAGAGUUUUCAUGCAGAAUUAUUCCAGUAUUGACUGCCUGUUAUAUCAAAGCAGAUUAACUAAGCUACAGUCUGUUCAAGCUCUUACAGAAACACAAGAUUUUAUCAAUUUUAUCAGCAUCCCAGGAAACGUAUCUUCUGCUUCCCUGAGAAAACUCUUUCAUGGUUGGAUGAAAAGAUACCCAGAUAGUAAAAUGGACCCUAUGAACAUUUGGGAUGAUAUCAUCUCCAAUCGAUGCUUCUUUCUUGACAAAAUCCAAGACGCUGCAGCUGGACGUCCACACCUAGCGGAUGAGAGUAUGGAAGUAGACGACGUGGCUGAUAGCAGUGAGGCCAUGGAAGUUGACCGGCAGGAAGAUAUUUCUGUCAUGAUAAAACAGUGCAGAUUUACAAUGAAAAUGAAGAUGGUUGAUAGUGCCAGAAUACAGAACAACUUUUCUGUUGCUAUGAAGCUUCUGAAGGAUCUUCACAGAGAGUCUAAAACCAAUGAAGACUGGUCAGUGAAAUGGGUCCACAGCUAUUGUCGUUACAGUCACAGCCGCAGCCGAGACCUAACUCGUUCAGAACAAAUUCUGACUGCACUAAAGACCAUUACCUUACUAGAGGAGAGCAAAACAGAAUAUUUCAAUAAAAACACCAAGGCAUGCAGAUAUCAGAAUAUGUUACUGGGAACUACGUACAGAAUUAUGGCUGAUGCCGUUUGCAAUGAACCCGACUGCCUAUAUGAAAUAGAUGGUGGAAAAGCUGGAAAAGUCAAAGAUCUCUCUGAAUCUCCAGAAAACGUAGGCGGUGGUCUCUACAGGAAGUCCCUGCAUUACUUUAUGAAUGCUGUUAGAAAGGCAACAGAGGAAGAGCAAUCACAUUCCACAGACAAGGUCGAUGUCAGAGGAAUUAUUAAGGCAUACAUGACUUUAGUGGAUUUUUGUGACUCGCAUCUCAGGAAGGUGGAGGAGAAAUCGGCAGUGAUGGAUCAUGCUGAUUACCAACAUUUCCCAGAAAUCAUGGUGGAGAAAAUGAUUAAAGCUCUGAAACUAAAUUCUAGUGAAGCUAGACUAAAAUUUCCCAGAAUGCUUCAAAUCAUUGAACAGUACCCUUCUGAAACCUUGGACUUAAUGGCAAGAGAGAUCUGCACUAUUCCAUGCUGGCAGUUUAUUGGCUGGAUCAGCCAAAUGAUGGCCAUGCUUGAUAAAAAGGAGUCUAUUGCAGUGCAACAUAUAAUAGAAGAGAUUGCUGAGAAUUACCCACAGGCUUUGGUUUAUCCAUUUAUGGUCAGUGGUGAAAACUAUAACUUUGAAGACACUGUUGUUGGGCACAAGAACAAAGAGUUUGUGGACAGAAUUAAGAGCAAGCUGGAUAAAGAUAAUGUAGCUCAAGACUUUAUUCAUGCUUUGGAACAGCUCUCUAAUCCACCCAUGAUAUUUCAGGACUGGAAGGAAGAGGUCUCAAAUGAAUUGUCAAAAGCUAGCGUGAAUAGAAAAAGAGUAAAGGAGCUGUAUAAAGAGCUGUGCGCAACCUUGGGGAAUGUAAAGGAUCCCUUCAUGGGAGCAUUCAGGAGGAGAUUUUCUGAGAAAUAUACCAAGGAAUUUGACAAAGCUUUUGGACCUGAUGGAUCCAAACUUCUGAGUAUGAAAUCUGACCAAUUUAGUAAGUCAGCUGAACCACUGAUGGUAAAAAUGAGAUCAGAACAACAAAAAGAGCCUGGAAAUUUAAAGGAGUAUUCACCUUGGAUGAGCGGGUUUAAACCUGAAUUUUUGCGAAAUGAGCUGGAGAUUCCAGGUCAGUAUAGUGGGAGGAGCAAACCAAUGCCAGAAUAUCAUGUAAAAAUCUCUGGAUUCGAUGAACGGGUAAAUGUUAUGGCUUCAAUAAGGAAACCAAAGCGUAUUAUCGUGCGAGGAAAUGAUGAGCGAGAAUACCCCUUCCUUGUAAAAGGUGGUGAAGACUUGCGCCAGGACCAGCGCAUUGAGCAACUUUUUGAAAUUAUGAAUAUCAUCCUCUCCCAAGAUGCUGCUUGCAGCCAGAGACACAUGCAGCUGAAAACCUACCAAGUCAUACCAAUGACCGCAAGAAUUGGGCUAAUUGAAUGGAUGGAAAACACUUGCACGUUAAAAGAGUUCAUUUUAAAUACUAUGACAGAAGAUGAAGCAAAGGUGUAUAACAGCAAAAAUGGACCACUAAUGCAUUAUAAUGUCUGGCUGGACAAAAGAGAGAAAAUUGGGGAUCCUCGUCAGCAUGUUACAGCUUAUACGAAAUGUGACAGAACGAGCACAGUUGCAUCAUUUAGAGAGCGGGAAGCUCUUGUUCCUAAAGACCUUUUAAGGCGAGCCUUUGUAAAGAUGAGUACAACUCCUGAAGCUUUUCUCUCAUUGCGCUCUCACUUUGCCCGCUCCCAUGCUCUGCUGUGCAUCAGUCACUGGAUCCUUGGCAUUGGAGAUCGCCACUUGUCCAACUUCAUGAUCAAUAUGGAGACAGGUGGAAUGAUUGGUAUAGACUUUGGACAUGCGUUCGGCACUGCUACUCAGUUUUUGCCUGUCCCAGAACUGAUGCCUUUCCGGCUGACUCGCCAAAUAGUAAAUCUGAUGUUGCCCAUGAAAGAAUCUGGAAUAUUUGACAGUGUGAUGGUACAUUCCUUGCGGGCGUAUCGCUCAGAUCCUGGGUUGCUUAUCACCACUAUGGAUGUCUUCAUAAAGGAGCCCUCAUUGGACUGGAAGAAUCUAGAGCUGAAACAAAUAAAGAAGAAAGGAGAAUGGAUGAAAGAUGUAGACACCACUUCCCUUAACUGGUAUCCUACUCAGAAAAUACAUUGUGCAAAAAGAAAGCUCGCUGGGGCAAACCCUUGCGAAAUCACAUGUGAAGAGCUGCGCCUUGGGCAUGAAGGUUCUCCUGCCUAUCUGGCUUUCCUUGCUGUCGCCCGGGGCGACAAAGCGCACAACAAAAGAGCAAAUAAUCCCAAAGAUGGACUCUCCGAAGAGGCGCAAGUGCAGUGCCUUAUAGACCAGGCCACAGACCCAAACAUUCUUGGGCGAGUUUGGAAAGGAUGGGAGCCAUGGAUUUAAACAUCAGUCACUCUGAAAUGAAGGUUUUAUGCAUUCAUCUGUCUGACACUUUUUCUAAUGUUCUAGAAAAAAAAAAGAAUGGAAGGAAAAUAAAUAUUUUAUAGAGAA